UCCGAAAUCCGAAUUCUGAUUGUCAUUUUGACAGCUAGUCAGUGUCAUUCUUUCGAAGUUGUGGUGUCACUUUGUGAAGGUCACAAUGGGGCGCCGUCCAGCUCGAUGCUACCGGUACUGUAAAAACAAACCGUACCCUAAAUCACGGUUUUGCCGUGGUGUACCCGACCCCAAGAUCCGUAUCUUCGACUUGGGUAAGAAGAAGGCGGCCGUAGACGACUUCCCCCUGUGCGUGCACUUGGUGUCGGACGAGUAUGAACAGCUCAGCUCGGAAGCCCUGGAAGCGGGCCGUAUUUGCUGCAACAAAUACUUGGUGAAGAACUGUGGCAAGGACCAGUUCCAUAUUCGCAUGAGGUUGCAUCCAUUCCACGUUAUCCGCAUCAACAAAAUGUUAUCGUGCGCUGGAGCUGAUAGGCUCCAGACUGGGAUGCGUGGUGCCUUCGGUAAGCCCCAAGGUACUGUUGCCAGAGUCCGCAUUGGCCAGCCCAUCAUGUCGGUGCGCUCCAGUGACAGAUGGAAGGCGCAGGUGAUUGAGGCUCUGCGUCGUGCCAAGUUCAAGUUCCCUGGUCGCCAGAAGAUCUACGUCUCCAAGAAGUGGGGCUUCACCAAGUACGAGCGCGAGGAGUACGAGCGACUCCGUGACGAUAACCGCCUCGCCUAUGACGGCUGCAACGUCAAGUACCGCCCUGAGCAUGGACCCCUGGAUGCUUGGAGGAAGGUCCAGACUGAGCUCGCUAACAUGUAAUUCUGUGUACAGAAUAUAUAUUGUAUAAAAUC